UUUCAGUCAUUUCUCACGGAUUUGCAUCUCUAAAUUUUCCAUAGAUGUCAAGCGAUUACUCUUCGAUGAACGAGAAUCUCAGCGAAACCUUAUGUAUGCCUUCAGCUUUCAUCGAUCAAAAUGUUUUGUUGAAAUCUGUGCGAUGGAUGGACUACUUCAUUUUUAUAUCGGCAAUACUUUCAUCUUUUUUGCAAAUAUACGUUUUGAAACAGGCAAAUCGCCAUAUUCGUCGAAGUGCAACUGACCAAUGUCUACAUGUGUUCCUGUUCAGCAUGACCAUGGGUGACUUCAUUCAAACAGCUUUUUGCUAUCCAAUCGAAGGGAUGGCGCGGAUUCUGGAAAAUGAAGAGAAAGUGCCAAAGCAUCUCUUUGUUGCUGUGCAUUUUCUUACAUGGGUGACACUUUCGGGUUCAAGUCUGAGCCUAAUACUUCUUAAUCUCGACAAAUUGCUCUAUUUCAAAUAUCCAUUAAGGUAUUCCAAUUAUGUGACGAGAAGACGAGGAAUCACCUUAGCCGUGAUAGUAUGGGCUAUAUGCGUGAUUUUUGUGGCAGCUGCUUGGUAUUUUGAGUGCUUCAAAUGCGUGGAGCAAAACUGCAGCAGUAUACAGCUUCUGAAAAAUAAAUGGAUGUAUCUGCUAUUUUCGGCAAGCGUAUGUGUGGUCCCUACGCUCACAUCAUUGGCAGUGGCCCUCUUCAUUGUCAAAGUCGUAACGACACAUAGGAGAAAAUUGGCUGAAGAACAAGCCCUCUAUCAGUCCGGGCCAGCACGUCAGGCGCUCGUUUCACGUCUGAGAACGUUCUAUUUCGUAUUUAUGACCACUGUAUUCACUGCUGCCACAUUACUUCCAUACAGGAUCAGUUGUAUCAUAGUGAAGCUCUUUAGCAGCCAACAGCAUGAGAUUGGUUCAUGCGGUGGGAUGAUUUUCCGUUGGAUAAUUUAUCAUCUCAUCAGCCUUAAUGCUAUCUUUAAUCCUCUGAUUACGGCACUAGCGGUGCUGAAACAAAGACCGCUGAUUUGUGAAAACUCGAGCAAAUCCGACACUCAUCACGGGCAAGCACAUACUCCGGGAACUUGGGAGUUGCGAUUUCAGCGUUACAUAUGAGACAGAAUACAUGAUAUCUGUCAUAUUGUCUAUUCCAACCAAAUAGUAAAAGAGUGUGAAUUGGUAUAUUUUAUGUAUGUGAUAAAAUUAGAUUUCAGUGUUUGUUUUUGUUUUCGGAACAGUUCAUGUUAUUUGUUAUAUCAUUACAUUUCAUUCUCAUUGUACAUCAAAGAUGGAAUUACGUUGUUGGAA